UUGAAUCACAUUACUGUGACAUUUCGCCGCUGAGGCAACAUGGCGAACGCCAGCAGAGGAGAAAUGAUGCGAGACGUGGAGUAUUCUUCUCAAACAACCGCCAGGAGCGACGCAGACAUCGACAGACGGCUGGGAGGGACUCUGAUCGCGGUCGGUCUCUGUGCGGCUGCUGCAGGUCUUGCGGGCCGCUAUGCAUUCCAGCUGUGGAAGCCUCUUGGACAGGUCUUCUCUGAAACCGUCAGGAAGAUGCCCUCAUCCGCGUUCUCAUCAUAUUACAAAGGAGGUUUUGAGCAGAAGAUGUCCAAACGAGAGGCCAGCCUCGUUCUUGGCAUCAGCCCAGUCAGCACCAAGGCCAAGGUACGCGAGGCCCAUCGGAGGAUCAUGGUCCUGAACCAUCCAGAUAAGGGUGGGUCGCCGUAUCUGGCCGCUAAGAUCAACGAGGCCAAAGACCUUUUUGACAAGGAAAACCGGCAAUGACCUGCACAGUUAACGGACACUUUAAAGACCCCCAGUAAAGUAAAGAGCUCCGCUCUGUGGCUCUCCUCCAUCAACACAAAUCAUCCACUCUGGCUCCUGGAGGCAAAAACCUUCAUGACAAGUUAACUUCUCAACGUCGUUACUUAUCUCCACAUUCAUUUGUCAACAUUGUGAACGUAUAAAUACGUUUAUCAACCACGGGUGAAUGAUAUUGACUUUGAAAUGACUCAACAUAAUCUCAUAUACUCAUUUUGAGUGUUUAGGUGGGUAAACAGGCGCCCUCUAGUGCAACAAUAAAUGGCUUGUAUAAAGGGCACAAAUGUAAUGUCAUAUAUUUAACCCUCCUGUUUGACCCCAUUUAAUGUUUACCAUUUCUAAAUAUAUGAUUGACAUUAUUUCUUUUGCUUUAUAUUUCAUGACUUCCUAAUUUAAUGGGGACAACUGGGUAAUUGUAAAAUGAACAUGUUUUCAAUGUCCUGUACUCAUGCUGUACGCAUUGGGCUUUUUUAGCUGUAUAAAACAUAAGAAAUUUA